AUGAUGAGCUCAAGCUAUUGGAGUGAGAGCAGCAGCGGCAGCUGUGGGACCCAGCAGCCCACAGAGGUGCUGCAGUACCAGCCUCAGCAUUACCACUGUUACCAUCAGUCAAGUCAAGGCCAGCAGCCUCCAGAAAAAAGUGUCGUGUAUGAGCGAGUGAGGACCUACAGUGGGCCUAUGAACAAGGUGGUGCAGGCCUUGGACCCGCUUGGCUCACGGGAAGUGCUCUCCCCCCUCAAAACUGCCUCAUCCUACCAAAAUUUAGUUUGGAGUGACCAUUCUCAGGAGCUCCAUUCUCCAACUCUGAAAAUCUCUACUUGCGCACCAAGCACUCUACAUAUAACACAAAAUGCUGAACAGGAAACUUCAUUCUCCAACAGUGAAGUUACUACGUAUCCACAAACUACCAUUCGGAGAUACAUAGUACAAAACCCUGAACAGGACCCAAUGUCAUAUUUCUUAAGAGGCGGCCACUUCUUUCCAGGCAAACAAUGUAAUUUAUGAAAAAACAUAAGAAAAGUGGAGAAGCUAAAUACAGAUCAGGAAUGUUGUCCUCAAAUUCAAUGCCAUCAUCGCAUCCAGCAACCCCAGAUCAUCCACUCUACGCAUUGUCAACAGUCCCAUUCUAAUCAAAUCCAAUGCGUAACAGAAAAUGACUCAAAUAUUGGGCAUGAACUCUGCCAUGGUGGCUCAAGCCAGAUACAUGAGCAGGUGAUAAUUCAGGAUGAUGGCCCUGAAAAAUUGGAUCCCAAAUAUUUUGGAGAGUUGCUUGCUGACCUAAGCCGCAAGAAUACAGACCUAUAUCACUGCUUAUUAGAACAUUUGGAGAGGAUUGGAGGAAGCAAACAAGACUUUGAGACUGCAGAUGCAUCAGAAGACAUUGAGUCAUUGAUUCCUAAAGGACUGUCAGAGUUUACAAAACAGCAAAUUCGUUAUAUUCUGCAGAUGAGGGGUAUGUCUGAUAAGUCACUGAGACUAGUGUUGUCCACAUUUAGCAACAUACGGGAAGAACUUGGACAUCUUCAAAAUGACUUGACAUCUCUGGAAAAUGACAAGAUAAGACUUGAGAAGGACUUGGCAUUCAAAGAAAAUCAAAUAAAAGAGUAUGAAGAACUCUUGGCAUCAGUGAGAGCAAAUAAUCGCCAACAGCAACAAGGACUUCAAGACUCAAGCUCAAAAUGUCAGACAUUGGAAGAAAAUAACCUUUCUCUUCGACAUACACUAUCAGACAUGGAAUACAGACUAAAAGAACUAGAAUAUUGUAAACGUAAUUUAGAGCAAGAGAAUAAAAACCUUAGAAUACAGGUGUCUGAGACUUGCACAGGCCCAAUACUACAGGCUAAAAUGGAUGAGAUUGGCAACCAUUAUAUGGAGAUGGUAAAAAACUUAAGAAUUGAGAAAGACAGAGAAAUCAGCAAGCUAAGGUCUCAAUUAAACCAGUACCAAAAAGAUGUUUCCAAAAGAGAAGGAAGUUGCAGUGACUUCCAAUUCAAGCUUCAUGAACUGACAAGCUUGCUGGAAGAAAAGGAUUCUCUUAUAAAGCGUCAAUCAGAGGAACUCUCAAAGUUGAGGCAGGAAAUAUAUUCAUCUCAUAACCAACCCUCCAGUGUUGGAAGGACAACAAUCACCACAAAAAAGUACAGGACACAAUAUCCAAUCCUAGGUCUCCUGUACGAUGACUAUGAAUAUAUACCACCAGGAAGUGACACACAGACUAUCGUGAUCGAGAAAACUGAAGAUAAAUGGACUCAUGUAAGUUUAUUUGGGCGUUUCUAG